CAAUAUAAAAACCCUUCCUCUCCAUGCAAGAACGUUAUAUCAAUUUAACCUUCAAUCCAACUUUUAACCACAGUUCUGAGUCUUCACACAUCCAUCUUUCACAAGCUUUCUUCGUACAAAGACUUCUAUCAUUGCUUUCUUCUUUAAGCCAUGUCUGACUACACUCUUCGCCGCCUUGCAGAAUGGACGCCUCACAGCGGCGUUAUUCUAGGCUGGCCGGGCUUGGAGGGAAUCCUUAAGGACUACCCAGAUAUGCUGGCCAAAGCAACACAGGAGGUGUCAAAUAUUGCCCAGGCUAUCGCUCACUUUGAGCCUGUCACUCUUACAGUCGGUGCUGAGCGUAUUGAGGAGGCCGAAGCAUACUUCAGCGAGAUUGAAACCCCCUUCCCAAUCCAACUGCACCGCAUUGAAGGGGAUAGCAUGGAUGUCUGGUUGAGGGACUUUGGACCGGUAUUUGUUAUCAAGGAGGGUCCUAGAGACAACCGCAGCCUCGCUGGCGUUGACUAUAACUUUAACGGCUGGGGCGGUAGGUACCCCACGCCCACAACCACUGAAUUUGCGGAGAAGUUUCUGAGAGAUAAGCGAAUUGAGCGUAUUGAGACAUCUAUCGUGACCGAAGGUGGCGCGUUAGAGACUGACGGCGAGGGAACUCUAAUGCUAACGGAGAGCUCUAUUGUUAAUGACAAUAGAAACCCCGGCAAGAGCCGCCAAGAGAUCGAAAAUGAGCUUGUGCGCACUCUUGGUGUUGAGAAGAUCAUCUGGAUUCCCGGCAGGCCAGGGCUUGACUCAACUGACUGCCACAUCGACGCCCUGGCCCGUUUCGUCCGCCCAGGUGUCAUCCUCCUGAGCAAAGCCAAUGAAGCGAAGCCGACAGAGUGGACGAUCGUUUAUGAGGAAGCCCUUGAGAUUCUUAGCUCUGCUACGGAUGCAAGAGGCCGUCCAUUUGAGAUUAUAGAGGUGGAAGAGCCCGACGAGGAUCUCUUCGAGCCUCCUCCGAAGGGCGCCCUCGGGGUUAAGGGCAUCGAAGACGAUCGUGCUGUGCGAAGUUACACCAAUUACCUUUUGGUCAACGGGGGUAUAAUCCUGCCUCAGUUUGGCGAUCCAGCGCAUGAUGCCGCAGCCAUCAGAGCUGCUCAAAUGCUCUUUGGGUUGGAGAGGAGAAUCUACCCCGUUCUCAUUGACCAGCUUCCCAUCUUAGGGGGCGGUGUUCAUUGCGCCACUCAAGAAGUUCCUUUGAUCCCUGAAAACUGAGGUUUUUCUGAAAUGGGCCAUUUCCGAUGCACUCAGCCCUUUCCGUUGGAUUUUAUUUGAGCAUAGCUGCCGUAAUAUAGUGUAGCAAAUAAAUUAUAAAUUCUGGUUACAUCAUUU